AGACCUAGGACAUGUUGUCGCAGCAGGAGCUGGACAAUUUGUUGACGAUCUUGAAGGAGCCAAACAAGCCCUUCGAGCAGAUUGCGCAGACAUUCUACAGGAGUUUCACCAAGCCUGACCAGUUCAAAGCUGGCUGUGUCAUUUGCAUGCUCAUCCAGGACAAUCUUUUGACACAGACACAGCGCUUGGUUGGAUUCUACCUUCUCUACGACAUCUACCGGCAGGAAACUGAGGCAACUACGCCUUUCGUUCCUUUGGUGCUGGAGAUGGUGGAGACAACAAAUGACAUGGCUGAAAGAAAGUUCCUGCUGCAGUUCCUGUCGUCCUUACCCAAGGAACUGCCAAAGCAAAGUGUGCAGGGCUUUCUCCAAAGCUGUGAUCCGGCAGAGGAUCCUGUCAUCCCAGACAUGGACGCUCUACGGCGGAUGCAUCAGGAGAGUGCUCCGGUGGUGAAUUCAGCUCAAGCUUUGGGCCUCAGACCAGUGAUAAAUGACAAGUCCGAUGAAGGCUACUGGGUCCCGUCGGAUCCUUCAAGAGAAGACUUUGAUGAUCUUAGUGGAGUUUCUGAUCUUCAGCUCAAGCCUGAGGAGUUGACUCUGCUUUCACUGGAACCAGCUUGGGCAAGACCUGUCCCUCCGCUUUUGGAGGCAACCGUGGAUGAGGUGUUUUGGUUGUCACCUUCGCAGCUGCUCUCGGAGCCUUUGUGGGAUUACACGAUGUGUGCUGAUACCUCACUUGGUGCUGAAGUACGGGAGCUUUUUGCCAAAGCAGUGAAGACACAAUUGCCCGCCGACCAGGCUCAGGUGAUCAUUGAUGGCCUAGGGCAAGAUGUGAAACUUGUCUACCACUGCGGUUUGACUCCGAAAAAGCUCCCUGAAUUAGUCGAGCACAACCCGCAGAUAGCCAUUGAAGUCUUGCUGAAGUUGAUGGGUAGCUCACAGAUCUCCAACUACUUCCAGGCUCUUGUGAACAUGGACAUGAGCCUACACUCCUUGGAGGUUGUGAACAAACUGACCACAGCUGUCGACUUGCCUCAUGAAUUCAUUCACCUCUACAUCUCGAAUUGCAUUUCCUCGUGUGAGAAUAUCAAGGACAAGUACAUGCAGAAUCGCCUGGUGCGGUUAGUGUGCGUAUUCUUGACUUCGCUGAUCAAGCACAAAAUCAUCAAUGUGAAGGAAUUGUUCAUUGAAGUGCAGGCUUUCUGUAUCGAGUUCAGCCGCAUUGGAGAAGCUGCGUCGUUGUUUCGUUUGCUCAAAAAUCUGGAAAGGUGAGGCCACUGUGAGGCGGCCAAAGGUAGCCGAAAACGUCACAGUGGGUUCAGUGUGGGCAUGUGUGGGAUUAAAGACAUUAAAGACAUGGCUGCAGUGGCCCAAAUUUGGUCAU